ACAUAGCCAUAGCAUGGAGUUGCUUGUCUGAUAGCUAAUAACUAUCCAGCUGACCCAGCUUGAUAGCAUGGUCAUGUUAUACUUGCCAACUAAUGAUUCGCCAGCAAGAACCUUUGCUUUUUGCCAUUGCAACUGUUGAGGUGCUUGGUGUUCUUAUUCCAGAUCAUUAGCAGAAAUAGCUGCAGGGUUGUCUGACUGGAUAGCAUGCAGUCAGACACCUUGAGCAUUUCACUGUACUUGUGCAUGUGACAACUAAGUCUUCAGGAGUGAAGUGUAGACCCGUGAAAAACCUUAUGCAACUUCUCUCAGCAAAGCUGACUUUUUUUUCCUCCCGUCUGCAACUACUUGACAACUUUUUCGACAAGCUCUCCAAGUAAUGAGAAGGUCAACUAUGAUGCAAUAAAAGGUUCCAAACCUUGAAGACCAUUUAGGGAGCUGAUGUCGGACUUGAAAGUAUGAUAAUGAGAAAGAUUUGUUUGCUACAGUACAGCAGGCCUACAAUCAGUCAUCUCUGCGUUCACAAACCGUGGCAGUGCUGAUAGAUACACACAGAGGUUGGCGUCACCUUAAUUGGAGAGGACGGGCUUGUGGUAAUGGCUGGACCGGAAUCCGUGGAAUGGUAUCAAACACAUGGUUUGAUGCCAUUCCAUUUGCUCCGUUCUAGCCAUUCUUAUGAGCCGACCACUGCUUUACAGGUACAGGUUUGCUUGUCCUUGUCCAUGAUGUCAGACAUGGAGAGUAUUAAGUUGCCUCAACAUCAAAUACAAACAACUCGUCAAUGAAUGGUGUGUGUGAAAUACUGUAAUACAAAGCACGGCAAUCAGAUGACAAGUGAGCAGCAUUUAUAGGGCAGAUGGAUUUCUAUCUACAUAGAGUAAAUGGCACAUUAGUGGUUGAUCAAUCGGAGAGGGAACUCAAGGAAGAUUGAAAUUCCCACCUUGCCUGCUGUGUAACAGGAACAGGAGCCCCAUGUGAGGGCCGAUCACAUUGCAGUAACCUGAGGUGGUUACCUGAUCCCACCUUGCUAGCUUUGUGUUCCUCUGGCAUGCUCAGGGGUACAGCACUCACAAAGCCCCUCUUUCUAUCGUUUGGUAAACAUCGACUUGUUUAUAUUCUGGGGUUGGAGCGGCACAGUGAUCCACAGAGUUGUCGCUGAAGGUCCCGGGUGGCCCCCAAACCUCCCGUUUUGCUGCACCCCAAUGAAGGCAUGUCAGACGUUGCUUCCUGGAGGACCCAGGAGCACGCUGAGUGGAGCCAGCCUGCAGCCGCAGCAUCAGCCCCCCAGCGGGUCUGGAUCUCUCUCAUAGCAGAUCGAUUAUAUUUUGCUACCCUAAGAAGCAAGCCAAAAAGCACUGCAAACACUCAUUACUUCUGCACAGAUGACGAAUUUAUCUAUGAAAACUUCUAUGCGGAUUUUGGACCACUCAACCUAGCCAUGCUAUACAGAUACAGCUGUAAACUCAACAAAAAGCUGAAGUCGUUCACACUGACCAGAAAGCGAAUCGUGCACUACACCAGCUUUGACCAGCGGAAAAGGGCUAAUGCUGCUGUUUUAAUCGCUGCCUAUGCUGUAAUCUACCUAAAGAAGACACCAGAGGAGGCCUACAGGGCUCUGAUCUCAGGCUCCAAUGCUUCAUAUCUUCCCUUCAGGGAUGCCUCGUUUGGAAAUUGCACAUACAACCUGACGAUUCUCAACUGCCUACAAGGAAUCCGGAAAGCCCUGCAACAUGGAUUCUUUGACUUUGAGACAUUUGACGUGGACGAAUAUGAGCACUACGAGCGAGUGGAAAACGGUGACUUCAACUGGAUCGUGCCGGGGAAGUUUCUGGCCUUCAGUGGACCCCAUCCCAAAAGUAAAAUAGAGAAUGGCUACCCUCUCCAUGCCCCAGAGGCGUACUUCCCCUACUUCCGGAAACACAACAUUACCACAGUGGUGCGGCUCAACAAGAAGAUCUAUGACGCCAAGCGCUUCACGGAUGCCGGCUUCGACCACUACGACUUGUUCUUCGUGGAUGGCAGCACACCCAACGACGUCAUCACCCGCCGAUUCCUGCACAUCUGUGAGAGCACCGAUGGAGCCGUGGCCGUUCACUGCAAGGCUGGCCUUGGGCGUACUGGUACCCUGAUAGGCUGUUACCUAAUGAAGCACUACCACUUCACGGCAGCAGAGACCAUCGCCUGGAUCAGGGUCUGCCGGCCGGGCUCUAUUAUCGGGCCUCAGCAGCACUUCUUGGAGGAGAGGCAGGCAGCCAUGUGGAUGCAGGGGGACAUGCAGCGUUCGCAGCCGAGGGGUGUGUCUCACCUCAUCUCCAGCAUGGACGACCUCACCCUCAGACCAACCCACACCUCUAUUACCACCAGCAGCCCCGCUGGCAUCCUCAGGUCCCACAGUACCGACCGCCUUCAAGAGAACGACUACAUUGGGGAGAAUGGCCUAUGCAUGACCCAAGGAGAUAAAUUGCGUGCCUUAAAGGGCCGGCGCCAGCCCAGGUCGGCCACAACAGGAGCUCUAAGACUUGAAGACAUGAAAAUGCACACCAGGUCACCGUCCCAACCUUUUAGUAGGAUGAACCUUGGAGUGGGCACUCAGUGUACCAUCUCCCCACUCAAGUCCUCCAAAGUCCCAUCAUCCUCUGCUUCCGCCACGGCCAAGAGAAUCAGCCGCAGCUCCUCCUCCUCGGCAUCCAACCUCAAGAGCUCCUUCAUUAACUGCAGGCUAGCCAGCUCCUUAGGCAACCUGUACGCAGCUGACAGCAGCGAGGGCAAUAGGAAGCUGCCGUACACGCCCUCUUCAUCACACUCUUCCUCCUCUCCUCCCUCCAUCGUCACCACCCCCAUCCCUCCGUCGGGCUGGGCCGCCUCCGUUCACGGCUACGUGGCUAACGGCGUGCACGGCGCCAAUUACCACCACCAUGAGGUCAACAACAAUCAGUAUAACUCGUCCCCUACUGGGGUGUUCAGCCCUGCGGGGGCCCCCCAACAUGCUGCAGGCAGGCUGGGCCCCGGGCCUGAUAAGUACAGCCCAUUCAGACCCCAGCAGGAGGGCUACUCUGGGCUCAGCGGACCCUCCGGCCGCUACCUCAGCCGCUCCAUACCCUCCCUUCAAUCUGAAUAUGUCCAAUACUAAAGCUGCGGUUCUGCGUUGACCAAGACCGGACUGGGCGCCAUGGAGUCUCCCACCCCUCUUCCCUGCUUUCUCCCACAUACUGAAAAGGGAAAUGAAUAAACCACGAGGCGCUAUAGGACGUAUUACAUUUAUUCUUCUCUCUUGGCAUCUGGACGGCUGUCAUCUUUGGGGGCAGGCACAUAGACAGCCACAAACUCACAAGGGCUUAUGGAACUUUGAGUUUUGAGCUUCUUCUGUCAGCUUCAGACGGCCUCGAUCCACCUUAACUGAAGUCACUGUAUAAUGCUAACAAAGGGAGAUUACCCGGCUGUAGUUAGGCUUGGCCAGGCUGUAACUAUGUGAGUGCUCUGUCUCUUUAAAGCUGAGAUAUGGCCAUAUACUGUAGACUGGAGGUUCUCUGCUUCCCUGCAUCACAGAUUUCCGUUUUUAUUUAUGUGUACAUGUGCUAUACAAAAUUACUGUGUACACAACACAUGACAUGUACUGAAAAAAUAGGAUAUUUUUAGACGAGGAUUUUAUACAUGAAACAUGACAAUUGUGUUGCCUGGAUAAAGAAAUAUGUUUAUAUUUACAAGUGGGUUAGCAAACAUGUUUUGGUUUAUCGCAAUUCUAUUUUUGUCUGAGUGUUACUACUUCACUAACAACAUCCAAAUAUGCGAGGGGUUUAUGGAGAGGUUCCUUAUCAGCAAUGUAUUGGCAGCACAGGACCAGGCUCAGGGUGAUGUGCUCUUGCAAUUAUGAUUCUGUUUUGUGUGUGAGAAUGUAGACCGCGUGCACAGGCACGCUAAUGUAUGUUCCAUAGACUGUAUAAAAACCUGUACGUACGUACUUACCUAUGUGAGCGUGUGAAUGAGACUGCAUAGUGAGUGUGUCUAGAAACCAUGUGUGUGCAGUCCUCUGCCCAUGGAGUGAAAGGGUCUCUAGAGAGAAGAGAAUGACAUAUAGGGAAGAGAUGAGUGUUGUCUCCUCUUCACUAUUUUAAAUGGUUUUAAAUCGAUUCAAUGAACUGGUGGGAUUUGGUAACCCCCAAUUGGAACUAAUUCAUGCUUAAUGUUCUCCUCUGUCGCAAGCCUACGUCACUCCUUUGAAUGAUUUGCAUCUCAAUGGGACUCAUGGUCAAGUAAAGGAUAAAUACAGAAUAUUAUCACCAAAAAGGAUGUAGCUCAUUUCAUAAACCCUCACAGGUCAAUGAUUUGACAACUAAAGUCAUACCAAUAACCAGACUAGGUUAUUGUGACUAGGUAUGUUGAGCAUGAUGAACAGUGGUCAUUAGUAGAGAAAAUGUAUUGUGUUGUUGGACCAACACCACCCACAACAUAAGCCUCAGUCCCUGCGGUAUACCAUACACCAGGCAGUUUAGCAAUCCCCUCCACAGAGACAAGAUCCCACUGCAAUAAUGCUCUUUGAAAGGAAAAGGAGCACAUUUUCAGUGUUAUUCGACAAGCUGUGGGUUAUGGAACUUGAUUUGUGGCAGCCUAUUUUUAACACAUACCUACUGUAGAACCAGUUAUGUUAGUUGUGUUAUCGUCAGGGCACAAUGAUAACAUAUGUUUGUCGCUAUUACUGAAAUAUUUCCCAGUUUUUGUCAAGAAUGUAAAAACAACGCAGAAACUUUUCCUGCAUAUUACGAUUCUUUCAGACUGUAGAAGGAGAUAAAAAACAUUUCCGCUUUGCAGGUAGAGGUUCCUAAAAAAAAUGGAAAAGCACAACUGUCCCCCAAAAUACCGUCUUUAAAAUCUCAUGCUGGAUGUCAUUGUGUGUACAAUGCAGCAGUCAUUAUCAAAGCUUGUUUUUUUACCAAUGAAUAUGACCUACUGUGGCGCGACUAACUCAUCCAUUUUCUGUUGGACCUUAUAAGAGUCCCUAUAUGCUUUUUACUUUUUCAACUUUUGUUGAAUUUCAAAGUUGAUUUAAAUAAAUGUGUACCGAAGCAUCUGUUCAUGGCUGCAAGGAUUUUAUUUUUUAUUUUGUUAGAGCUCUGUACAUUCCUGGCAGUGAAAUGUGUUUCUUUGUUUCGAGAUGGGAGAAUCUUAAUAAUGCAGGUAUUCUACCUCCUUGAAAUGUACAAUUUAUAGCGAUAAAAUUCGUACUUGAAUUUAUUUUUCAAGCAGUAUGUAAAGAAAAUCUAUAACUGUAGAUUAGUAUUCAUUUUCAUACAGUAAGAAUAGUACAAUGUCUACUGUACUACAUGUGUAUAUUUUACAGGGAACAGAGGUUGCUGAAGGAAGUAACACAAUUAAAAAAUAUACUUUUCAAGA